UCCGGGACACACAGUGGGGUAGAUUGCCACUAGUUCUAAUAAUUUGCUCUGUGAUUGUUGACUGUAAAGAAGAACGAUGGAAACCUAUAACACAUUUUGUUUCGUUCUGCUCGUUUAUUACGCUUGCUGCAAUGAGAUCUACAGAUUUGGCGCUGAUAUCAAUAACCUAGCUAUUGGGAAAAAUAAAGUUUACGUUGCCACCGAGAGCCACCUUUACCAGCUGAACCAUGAUUUGAAGUUGGAAAUAAAAAACGAAGUCUUUGCCAACAGUAGUUGUACCGGCAGUAAAUCAAACUGGAUCAAACUCUUGGUGGUAUACGAAGACAACAACACAUUAAUUCAGUGUGGCACAAGAAAUAAUGGGGCUUGCGAAGUGAGACGUCUGAAUAAUAUUUCAGACAUCAUACUUUCAGAUGAGGUACCCGUUGUUCCUGUCUACUUUGGUUCAGCUGUAGGUUUCUUAUUCAAGGCUGAAACUAAUAUAUAUUUGGCUGUUGCCGCGUUUAGAAAAAAUCUUCCGCCGAAUUGUAGAGAUGAUGAUCUACUGCCAAUAACUGUGAGGGACGUUGUUGGUUCAGACAUUUUUCUAGAACACCAAGCCCCUCAUAAACCCUUUAUUGGAGUGUGGGAAGACAAACGCCUGCACACUGUACACUUUGUGGACGGUUUUCAGUGGUUACAGAGGAUUUAUUUAUUUUUAAAUUUCAAUGAUACCUCAGAAAGAGCGAGAAUAAUUAUAAUGGAAACUAAACACAAGAAAGUGGACAUUCUUAACUCUUUUACUGCUGUGACCCUGUUGUGCUGCAACGAUAAAGCCCGGCCAGAGCUGCUUUCCUCUUCUUUAAUACAGCUGUCCGGAGACAGCGCGCUCUGGGCGGGGAUUUUCACAGCUGUAAAGUCGGGUGGACCUGAUACUACAGCACUGGGUGUGUUAAACCUGUCGGAUGCCCGAUUUCAGAAAAGCGAGGCCAAGGAUGAUGACUUCUGCGCUUUAGACUGUCGUGAGCGACCGCCCUCCACAAGCCAUAAAACUAUUCCAAUUAAAGCAGCGCUGGUCCAUUCUAAGAUGACAUCCUUAGCAACAGUUGCUAUCCACAACUGGGUGGUGGUGUUCAUCGGGACUGGGGACGGGCAGCUGCUAAAGAUUGUUAUGGACCAGAAUCAGAAAUUGAGUUGUCCAGAAAUCCUGUAUGAAUCCCCAGCAGAAAAGGCUGUGUUUUUUAAAAUGUUACUGGACCCUGUGGAUCAAGAGCACAUAUACAUGGCUUCUGGAAACGAGCUCACCAGAAUAAAAGUAGCAAACUGUAGGACAUUGGACUCCUGGAAAACGUGUUGGUCGGCACAGGAUCCCUUGUGUGGAUGGUGUGCUCAUGAGAACAGAUGCACCCUGGCGAAUGAAUGCUCAAGACCAGACUCGAUUUGGGUUACCAUAGCAGAGGGGUCUAUUCAAAACCCCAAACAGAUAUUUUCCUAUAGAUUGAUGGACAGCUCUUCUGAUAAUAAACAGGAUAUUCAUUUGACGGCACAAGUAUAUGUAAAUAACUCAAGAGACCAUUCCUUCACUUGUCAGCUAACAGCUGAAAAUAAACAUCUUUGUGAAAAACACAACACAACGUUUCCAGAUUGUUCCUGCAGUUUCCCAAAAGACAAACUUAGUGCUGAAGGCCUCAAAGUUAGUGUGACAUUUACCAUUGGCACAUUUACGUUCAGUGAAACAGUGACUCUACCUAAUUGUUCUAAAAUUGGAAGCACCCCCACUAAAGUUCCUUGUUCAGAUUGUGUUUCAGCUGGCUGCUCCUGGUCUGUAAAAGACCAUACAUGCUCUACAUCAUCCAAUCCUCAGAUUGUGAGCCCUGGACAGAAUUCGUGUCCUACGCUAAUCAGGAUAAGCUUUGACAACUCCAGUAGAGAAAUUCUUGUAAAAUCUGAAAAUACAGAGGCUUUAAAGAACAGUGACCUUGUAUGUAGAUUUGGUGAACAUGAAACUGUAAAACCAAAGCAGGAGAGUGGAACUUUCAGAUGCUCUGGAAACAAAUUGCAUUUUUCAGAAUUGAUUAUUCCUGUGGACAUUGCCUAUGAUAAAGGUGGAAUUGUUGACAACCCUAACCAACUCUCAAUUUUCAGCUGUUUCCUUAAUGCAUCUGGAUGCAGUCCGGAUAAACAAUUGGGGCCGGUUAUUGACUCAAUAGAGCCAAAUGAAGUGUCAACACUUGGAAAAACCAAUGUAAUCAUUAAAGGGAAAAACUUUUUCAGAGGAACAACACCAUUUAAAGUACUAGUAAAAGGAAAUUCUGACUGCAAACCACAAGAAGCACAAAUAUUGAGCUCAACAGAAACAGAAAUAAGGAUCUCCCUGCCAAAGGCAAACAAGGAUGUCAGAAAAGUAUGUGUGGAACUGGGUGAUGGCAGAUGCUACGGAUCAGCUUUAGUAACAUAUCUCUCAUUACCGUCCUGUGAGAGCAUUUCCCCCAACGUUUCAUGGGCCAGUGGGAACAGAAGAAUCACCAUUUUUGGAACAAAAUUGCAUUUAGUCGACUCUGUAAAGACUGGGAAGCAUUCUGCUGAUCCUUUAAAUACGAUGAUGAACAGUUCCCAUAUUUCUUACAAUUCACCUCCAAAUGCUGGAAAGUCUACUAUUUCACUUGUGGUGGAUACAAAUGAGUUGGACUGUGGUCAUCUAAUUUACCACCCUGACCCAGAGUUUCUGGGUUUCUCAGCUAUUCCCGUGGGAAAUGUCUUACAGAUAACCAUAAAGAAAAAGAAGGAUACAUUGAAUAUUACAGAGGAUGAAUUAACUAUUCUGGCCAAAUCUAACAAUGAAUCUUGUCCAUGUAAUGGUAAUGUUAUUAAAGAAAAUGAUAAGUCUGGUGAUACUUCAAUUGUCUGCACUAUAGCUUGUAAACUGAGCACAUCCAAACUGACAUUGGAGAUCAAGCUGGGAAACUUUUCUACUGUUUUAGAACAGCCAUUUAAUUAUUUGUGGCUCUUAAUUAUCAUCCCAUUUUUCAUACUUUUUAUAGUUGUAGUCUCCAUCUACAUAAAUCAACGCAAUAAAAGAGUAAUGUCAAAGAAUUUAAGUGAACAGCUGGAGCUUCUGGAGAGCGACAUCCGGAACGAGAUACGUGAAGGCUUUGCUGAAUUACAAACGGAUCAGACUGAUUUAAUAGAAGGCUCUGGAACAAUCCCUUACUUGGACUAUAAGCAUUUUGCCAUGAGAACAUUUUUUCCUGAGGUUGGGCAUAAAUCCAGCCAUUUUGUUAAUGAAGUUGGUCAUCCUUUUCAAGAUUCACGAGAAGUCAAGCAAGAUGACUGCUCCAAAGCCUUGUCUGAACUUAUUUUAAACAAGCAGUUUCUUGUCACCUUGGUACAAUCAAUGGAAGAGCAAAAACAAUUCACCAUCAAAGACAGGUGCACCUUUGCCUCCUAUUUGACCAUUGCUCUGCAAAGUAACCUUGUAUACCUAACCAGUGUGAUGGAAGAAUUACUUAAUAACUUAAUGGACCAGUCCAGUAACGCACAACCAAAACUGAUGCUGAGACGUACUGAGUCAGUUGUUGAAAAACUGUUGACAAACUGGAUGUCCGUGUGCUUGUAUGGUUUUCUUAGGGAGUCAGUGGGAGAACCUUUGUUCUUGCUGGUGUCAGCCAUAACACAGCGGAACAACAAAGGUCCUGUAGAUGCCAUUCAUGAUAAAGCUCUUUACACCCUCAAUGAGGACUGGCUACUGUGGCAAGCUCGUGAUUUCAGUACUGUGAAACUUAAAGUUUCAUUACAAGGAAGUCCUGAAAGUGAGGGUGAGGCACACAUUUCUCUCGAUGUCAACGUUCUCGAUUGCGACACUAUUGGACAGGCCAAAGAGAAGAUUCUUCAAAGCUUUAAAACCAAAUUUGGCCAUUGCUAUCAGUUUCAGAUAAAUGAUAUUGAUAUCGAAUUUGAAAACAAUGGGAUUCAACAGAAACUUCAAGAAGUAGACAACAGUUCUAAAGUUCUGGAAAAUGGGGUAACAAUGCUGAACACUAUUGGGCAUUACAAGAUUCCUGAUGGAGCUUUAAUAAGGGUCACCAAGAAAAAACAGGAGAAUUUAUCUACUCAAGAAAGUAUAAAAGAUGAUGACAACUAUACAACCAAAUACUGCCAUUUGAUUGAAACAGAUUUACAAGAAGUUGAAGAUCAACAACAAAAUGGAAAGAAAAGAAAAAAGUUGAAGCUGAAAGAAGUCUACCUCACUAAACUGUUGUCAACAAAGGUUGCUAUUCACUCUUUUGUUGAAAAACUCUUCCAGACGAUAUGGGGAAUACCAAACAACAAAGUUCCAGUGGCCAUAAAGUACUUUUUUGAUUUUUUAGAUCUCCAGGCUAAAAAUAAAAUGAUCACUGACCCAGAUGUGUUGCACAUCUGGAAAACUAACAGCCUCCCCUUGCGUUUUUGGGUCAAUAUCCUGAAAAAUCCGCAGUUUGUUUUUGACAUGGAAAAGUCCCCCCACCUGGAUGCGUGCCUGUCAGUUAUAGCUCAGGCUUUCAUGGACUCAUUCUCCUUAUCAGACCAGCAGCUAGGGAAGUAUGCACCAACAAAUAAACUGCUGUAUGCCAAAGACAUACCACAGUACAAGACAGAGGUCAAAGCCUACUACAAGCACAUACAAGAUCUCCCUGAAUUCACCAAAAAAAACCUUAAUGACUUUCUGCUUGAAGAAUCAAAGAAGCAUGAAAAUGAAUUUAAUGAACAAGCAGCUAUGGCUGAAAUCUACAAGUUCAUUACAGCAUAUUUUGACGUGGUCCUGAUCAAGCUGGAACAAAAUGAUGCUUCAGGCAGCCUGAAACAACAGUUACUGAAGGUCAAGGGCUUGUUCUGUGAAAGGAAAUCGUGCAAGUGGGAAUAAUCUUCAGGAGUGGAAUUCUUACUGCAAGAAAGAGAAAUUACAUGAUUUAAAUAGAAUAAAAUAAUAUUUCAUUUACAGCAAAACUUUAGCAUAUUUAUAUUCAGGAACACAAAGCUAGGGCAGCACGCAGUGCUAAAAAUCUAACAGAAUUAAGAGGAACAGGCGGUUUCCAGGAGACCGCGUUAUUGAAAAACAUGUACCAGAGCAGUUCCCCAUACAUAAUACUUUUAAUAGGGUUGAUACCAGCUCAGAUAUUACUGUACAAGUCUAGAUGGUAAAUAUUCUUCUGUAGUCCUUUUAUAGGUGAUAGGUGUAAGCAAGCUGUAGUUACCUAAACUUAAAGCAUUUGGAUAGUUCUUUUAUUUAGCAUGUUGCGAUUCAGGAAGACAUCACAUAACAUUACUGCUGGCUUCCAGCUUUAAUGUAGCCUAGAUAUAAUCCUUCAAAUAGCAGUCGCAAGGCUACUUUGUAAUAUCAUUUUAAUCUUUGGGGCAAAGGUGUUUGUGCUCUACACAUUAUAUCUUUAAAGAUUUUAAAAACAGUAAUUAGGUCUGCGAAAAUAUUUUAUUGCUAUUCCAGGUAGUGGGACCGAACCAUUAGUGAUUUGUGCGAGUAUUAAAUUGUAGCCUGUGCUAUACUAAAAUCUGUUUGAUAAAUGUUUACGUACUUAUUACGGCACAACUGCCAAGUUUCUAUAGAUGCAUUGCGAUAGCAUGGUUUGGAUAAUAGGUACAUUUUUAGAUUCCUAGGGAUUGGAUGAGAGAGGUAGUCUACUGUAGAUACUGGUACAGAAUUGCGUUUCAGCUUCUUGCAUGUACUGUUGUGGAGGUUGUACAAUAUGUAAUUAUUUGUAUAAUAUGCAAAGUUACAAUAAUAAAUACUACAAUUUUAAA